AUGUUGCAGUUGCCUCUUGAAAAGUGGGGUAAAGUAGGAACUCCAGAAGUUAAGGAGAAAAUUCUCCAACCAAAUGAGGGACUUGAAUUGUCCAGCGAUCUUGAAAUGCAAGACAAUAAGAAUGAAGUGAUGGGGAGAGUUGCGAAGUACACUGGGGCCCCCAUAAGCAGACCUCAUCACUUCUCAAACAAUGUCCGGAUGCCUGAUCCUCCUAGGGUGUGGGAAUUGACAUUCCCCAGCAUCCCACUCUUUAUUCCUUUUGGACUCCUGCCUUUGGCUGCGUGGCUGCCACAUAUGGGAACCCCAUUGAAUAAUCUCAAUGCCCAGCCCAGAUGGGCAUUUAUCCCUGUGGAAUGGUUGAGACCGUUCUGUGGGUGGCUCAUCAGUGCCUUGAACCUCAUCAUCAUGAUCCUGGUGAUGCACAUGUUGGGGGAAUACGUGUCCUUGAUGCUCAACUUGGGUGAGUCUAUUUCUCUGGAAAGUGAAUUACAGUACCUCGCCAUGCUGCAAAAUUUGACGUGA